UGAUGCUGCUUGGCUCCAUAUUACCUUGUUAGCAGGUUGCAAGCUAACUGAAUACAGGCAGUAGGUACAGUGCAGCUUCACGGGGAUGUCCCACCCUUUGUAAUAAGCGCUCAGCUCUCCGAGGUUUUUAUCGGCUCCAUACAAGCACGACUGAAACUUUUCAUCUGUGCCGAGAUGACGACGCGAUCAGAGAGAGAGAAAGCUCAGAAACUGAAUGAGCAGCAUCAGGCCAUUCUGUCUAACCUGCUGAGAGAGGACGAUAACAAGUACUGUGCUGAUUGUGAGGCAAAAGGUCCUCGGUGGGCAUCAUGGAACCUCGGGGUGUUCAUGUGUAUCCGCUGUGCCGGAAUCCACCGCAACCUUGGCGUCCACAUCUCAAGAGUUAAAUCUGUAAACCUGGACCAGUGGACACCUGAGCAGAUCCAGAGUAUGGUGGACAUGGGAAACAACAGGGCCAGGCAGCUGUAUGAAGCCCAUCUCCCGGAGAGCUUCAGACGGCCACAGACGGACCAAGCAGUGGAGGUCUUCAUCCGUGACAAGUACGAGAGGAAAAAGUACUACGACAAGGAGGCCAUGGCCACAGCUCCACAGAGGUCUUCUGAAGCUGCUCCUUCAUCCUCCUCCUCACCGUCCUCUCAGGCCGACAGGAGCAGACAGGAGUCAGAGAGCAGAGCCGACAUAAAGGAUGGCACAGAGCCGGCUGUGGACCUGCUGGGCCUGGACGCUCCAGAGGGAGGGAAGAACUCGGGUGAUGAACUAGACAUCUUUGGACCAAUGGUGUCCAACCCUCUCCCUUCGUCCGGGAACCCACAGCAGGCCCAGUCUGGUUCCAGUACAGCAGCACCUUCAGCGGCAGACCCCUCCACCUCCUCCUCGGCCUCCUCCUCUACCUCCACCUCCACAACCACAAAGGCGGAGCAGAAGAAACUUUUAUCUAAAGACUCCAUCCUGUCUCUGUAUGCCAGCACCUCAGUGGGCAGUCAGCCCCAGAGCCAGCAACAGCCUGCUCCUGGACAAGGAGGGAUGUACAUGGGCCAGCCUCAGAUGCAGUUCGCUCCACAGGGUUUCGCUCCAGGGAUGGGUGGAGCAGUCCCUCCCAUGGUUGGAGGAGCCAUGAUGCCUAAUGGAGGCUACAUGGGCAUGCAGCAGCAGCAGCAGCAGGGCACCAUGCCAGCUAACCAAGGACAGAACAUGUACAGUGUGCAGCAAGGACAGCAGCAAGGACAGUGGAACAUGAGCCAGAUGACCCAGCAGAUGUCAGGCAUGGCCGUGAGUGGCGGAGUUCCAGCGCUGACCACUUUCAGCCAAUCAGGGGCCCCAGCGGCUGGUUGGCCCGCAGCUGCACCAGCGGCGUCAGGCCAGACCCUCAGCACUCAGCUGUGGAAGUGAGGAGCAGGACGUCCAGAGGAUGAGUACGGGCGGGGAAGGGGAGGUCACAUGAAAACAACAUGGCUGAUACUUCCUCCUCCAUCUACUCACAGCUCAGAAAUGAAAAAAAAAACGCACAAGUGGGGUCGUUAAACUACCCCUCAAUCCCCCUCCUUAAUCCUAAUACACCUUUACCUUGGCUCCUUUAAAAGAUGACAUCACACAGGAUGGAGUGAAGAAAAAAAAGACAGACUGGCAGCUGUUGUUUUGUGUCUUUUAUUCCUCUUACUCCUUCUUGAUUUUCUUUUGUUGUUGUCUGAAGAAAGAGACAAAAACAGCAGAUCGACAGAAAAGAAAGCUGCUGGACUGAAAACUCUGAGUGUCUGAUCUAGUAAUAUUAUAUCAUUACCAAAAUGAGUAGUUAGUGAAUAGUAUUUCAAUACCUACCGUAGAUAUGGCUAUCUCGUGGUUGGUCUAUGCUACCCUCUCCUCUCCCGUCUUCUCUUUGCUGUGUAUAUUGUAGCUCCCUCCCCUCCUUCCUCUCUUCCUCUCUGCAGGGCGAGCAGAGCCUUGUAGCAGAUAGUCGUCUGAGCAGUACUGUAUCUAUGUGAAUAAGAUGUGAACCUGACACUGUUUUCAGAGCCAUAAGAAAGAGAGGCUGCUUCGACUCUCACCGACUUUGUUUGGUUUGUGUUCUCUUCAUCAUGUGACACACACUCUUUGUUUACUUUGAAGCAAGUUUUAGCAUAGCUGACAUUGACGUGAUGCUGCUAAAGCUGGGCUCAGACUACAGGAGUUGAAAUCCUGACUGAUUUGAAAUUAGCACUGCAUCACACGUAGAAGGAGGAACUUCUCAGAUGUUUGUUUUCAUCAUCUCUAAUGUUGAGGUUGUUAUGUGUGCCAGAGGGAGCAGUGUUUAUAAAUGUAAUAUAAUCAUAUUGAGUGGUCUAACAGGUUUAAGAUAUUUACUUUGCACACCCAGCCCUGUGAGGGGGACUUUUGAAAGAAAGCUCAUCUCCUGUUACCUGUCUGCUUACUCAACUUGACACGUACAUGCACUGCAGGUGUAGCCACAAGAGGAUAUAUAAUGCAGCAUACAGUCUGUGUGAUAGGUUCACAUACAUGGCCUCAGUGUAAACCAGACAUCUACUUAACCAUCCUUGCAAUACUGUCUGUGAGAGGAUUACAAUCUCUCUUUUGUUUAUGGUGUAAAAGCAGCUGACACACAGUCUCCAUAUACACAGUGAUCAGUCCACUGUGUGCUCAGGUGAAGGUCUGCACUGAAGUAACAUCACAGACUUCUCUUUGAGAAUGGUCAAUGAAGAUGAUUCACAAGUGAGCUUUUCUUUUGCAUCAAGCAGCAAGAAGGAGCAUCAUGUCGUGUCUAAUUUAACAGACAUUACAUAUCUUGAGGUGUGACUAUUGUACUUAGUCAUUAAUCGAUAUAUUACUAUAGUUCUUGAUUAGAAAAGGGUUGUUGAGACAAGGUGGUCCUUAUCCUUUAUACAUAAACAAAAACUGAAGGUCAUAUUUCACCUAUUAUUAAGGUAGCCCAAGCUUGCAUCAGGGCCCAAAUGUUUGUCAUACAAGGAGGGAAGCCGCAGGGCUAUCAUCGGCUCUCGCUAAAGAAAAGAAUGUGGUUAAAAUGUAUUUUUUUCAAUAAGGCAUUAAUUGUAAAGACAUAGACUAUGGGAAACACGCCAACUGGUUUCAACCACACUGGGUCAUCUUUCAGGUGUGGCUAGGUAGAGUCUUGACCGCCCCUCUUCUCAUGGUAACUUGUAACCUCCAAGGGCACCUGGUUUCUGCCUGGAGUCUACUCUACUACCACCAAGACAGCCACAUCCUUACUAUAUACAGAUACCCAACAUCAAUGUAACAUCAGCAAGUAGAAACUUCUCUUUAACAGACAGAGACCUUGGACAGAACCAGACUCAUGGUGAACAGCCAUCUGCUGUGACUUACCAGAUCAUCUGAGCCAAACAAUGAUCAAGGGUCCAAACUGGAUUGUCAGAGGUGUGAAUUUGGUAUAGGUCGUCACAAAGCUCCUGUAGUCUGAGCCCAGCCGGAGACAGCUGAUGUUCACAUUCAUUGAUUACACAAUCAGUGUUACAUCAUUCAACAAUUUUCCUUCAAAGAUUUCUAAAAGCUUGUGAUCAUGAAGUCAAAGACUGUCUCAUUUCAAACUUGCGCACACAAAGGUGGUUCCUAAACUUGAUUCAGUACAGGAUAUGAGGACAUAAAAUAACAUUUCUUGAUUGUUAAAAAUGGUCUCUAAUCAAAAUUUUUGCUUUUUAAAAAACAGCAACAUUCAAAGAGUUGAAUGCCCCUAAAAUCGUUGACAUAUUCAAACUGUGACAAUGUUUAUGGGUCACAAGUAGUAGUAGGUGCAGAAGCCCUGAGGGGAAAGUGAGGAAGAUAUCUCUGGUGAUCCAUGUUCUAUGUUUUAUUUAAACUGUUUUUGCUCCUGUGUGUAAGACCGGGGAACAGCUGGAAAUAAAAUGUUAUGCUGGAUCUUUUUUUACCCAGUACUUACCAAAACUUAAGCAGUCUGGCUGGAAGAACUCAUUGAUUCACUGAAAAGGUCAAAAACAACUACAUCACUGGUAUAUAUCAGUAACACCGGCUGUGAUCCAACUUUAAAUGUACAGUAUCAGUUCUCGUAUCAGUAAGUGAAUAUAUUGGUCCAGCCCUGUUUCUAAUCCUGCUAGCUCAUUAUAAACAUCCCAGAACUCAAAUGUCAAGAAUUCCCUUUAAGUCUCAGUAAUUACUGGGCGGCCCCGGGUCCCCUGGGUGUCUUUGGGAGCCACGCUGUGCUGUUUUGAUGUCUUUAAAACCAAACUAGCUGGCUUCAUUGGAAACUGUGCUCCGACCCAGUUAAGAUGUUCCUUGUUUUUCAAAUGAGCCGUUUCCCCAGCACUCCCCGAGGCGAAUUAAAGCUCGACUGGAAUCACAGCGGUUUGUCUUUACUGCACUUUAAAUAGCAGAGCAGGUUCUGUCUGUAUCUCGGGCUGGGGCUGUGGAUACAGGCAGUGUUCAGGGAGCAGCAGAAAAAUGUGAACUGUUACUUCACGUCCCACUGCAGCACAGGAAAUCCAGCUUUUUUUUUUUUUUUUUUUUUUUUUUUUUUUUUUUUUAACUGGACCAAUGUGACACCCAUGAUGUUGCUCUCUUCAUGUGUAUCCCUGAUUACUGUGUUCUGCCAUCCGCCAUCUUUAUUGUGGUGUUUUGUUGUGUGCAGUUCAAGAGAAGCACAGUUAGUCUGAAGCAAAUAAACCUGGAUGACCAAUCAGAGAGCCAGACUGGCAGGACGAGGCACAGGAUUGGACAGUGAUAGUAAAAGAGGACCUGAAUGAAAACUCUGGAUGGGUCCUGUUAACACUGUCCAGUCCUUGUUUGUUCAUAUAUAGUAAGAGCAAAGAAACAUAAGUAUUCAUAAACAAACACUCUGUACAGACCUAAACAUUCUCCUGUCUUAUACAGCAGCUUUAUCAAAGGCCUGAAGCUUCAAAAUAUGACAAUCUAGGUAUCACUCGACAGUCAAUUGAGCACAUGUAGGACUAGCAAUAAUAAAUGUUCAGCAUCGUGUUUGACUUAUAAGAUGAGAGAGUUAGCUUAGUGAUACUGAAUAAGCACUGGGCUGCUAGGCUUUCAACAAAGUGCUUGCUGAGCAAAGUGUCACACUGCCACCAACGAGCUAAGCAUACAAGUGCAGCUUAUCAGAUUGAUGUCAGUGGGCAACCGCAUCACAAAAGCCGGCAGAGCAAUUAAUGGAUGGCAGUUGACUGCCGGUCAGUCAACACUGUGAAAGACUCAGAUGUCCUCAGGUUGGCAUGUUUUGAUCAGUCAUAUGUUAUCUUUGCUGCACUGGUCGCAGGCUCAGUUCUCUGCCCCAACACGAUGUGGUGAAUGUAAUCCACCUCUCUCUCCACAUAUGUCCUGACAAUAAAGGGUUUUUGUUAAAUAUAUUCUGAUAAAAUGAAGUACUGCCAUGUUGUUGUGAUGUUUCAUCCCUUUCAGAUAUUUAUAUAUGUGAAAAAGAAGUAAACUUGUAACCAGUAGUCGAAAUUGCAUCUUGAUUUCACACAUGGACUGUGUAUAAAUAUGGUCAAAGUAUCUCCUUCUUUUCCCAUUGUACAAUGAAGCCAAAUUACAGCAGCUAUAGGUGCUGGUACUUCAGUGGUAGCAGUGUGGCUUAGAGCUGUAGUCGGGCCUUAAAAGUUAGACCUGACCCGAGCCCGACAGAAUUCUGCCCGAUCCUGUCCGAACCCGAAUGACCUAGAUUUUUUUAUAGCCCAAACCCGUAUACAGCCCGACUGCCCCGACAUUAUUCAUUACUGGUGUGGCUAAUUUUGCAAGUUUUGGGUAGGAUGGUCUGUCUUCCACCAGCCAAGAACAUCGGUUUAAUCUUCCAUGACAGUCGUUUUAAUGUAGAGAGAUACCUCGUCGUCUUCCCAGUCAGCUCGCUGUACAUUUUCCCACUCCUCAAAAUUCGCUCUUUUUGGCUGGAGGAUGAGUGUGCUCGUCUCUGGAGAGCUCUGGGUCUCAAGUCUCCACAUCUCGUCGUGCACCUGCAGCACCAUGCAUAGCUUUCAGAAUAGUGCGGGCAUGAGCAUGUACGGCCUCCCUGUCUGAGUGUGACAACAUUCUCAGCUGGUUAAAUUUUGACCAUGGAAUGAUGCGAUCUUAUAGAGGUCCUGUAUUAUCACUUUACGCGCGAGCCAGUGCUCGUACUGUUGACGCACGACUGCUUGCUGAGGGGAGUCCAGAAUCACCUGACCGUUCAUUUACCGCGCAAGCCCGAGCCCAGCCCGAGCCCAUGUAAAAUGGUAGAAAUUAUGACCGAACCAGACCCGACGGUCGGGUUGGGUCGGGUUCGGGGACGGACAAAUAUCUUCAGCUCUGGUGUGGCUGGUGAAGCAACAGGAUUGAUGUUGAGGCCCUUCCACUGACCAGAAUCCAUCUGCCAAUAAAACAGCAAAGAUCCUUGAGGCUAAAGUCAGAGCGGAUUCUUUUAUCUGUUUGAAGAAGACAUGCAUAGUUAUGGAUAGUUCAAUGACGUAAUAGGUGUUCAUCUCUUCCUGCUCUACUCUGCUACACAGGGCUGCAGGACGCACAUUUGUCAACAGUGCUGUGAAUCAUGGCAUUAUACUGCACUUUAUGGCAUCAAAUAACUAGUUCAAGCCACGAGUUGCAGAAACUGAACACUUGACAUAAACCAGCAUGAUGAGAAGUAACUCUUAUAACAAAGACGAUGUUUGAGACAUGUAUUUUUUAUUUUAAAAUUCAGCCCAUUUCCCAUCUGUUAACAUAGAGGAGGCAGAGUUAAUGAGCUAUACCACAGUCAGCCAGUAGAGGGAGCUCAACAAAAAAUUGGCUUAAUUUCAUGAGGGUGACAUCUCGUCAUUGUUUCUAUUUUGUCUAUGUUUAGAACCCUUCAUCGUCAUCACUCUACCUUACAUCCUUAACAUACGUUUGUCGUCAUACUGCACUGCCUGACUUGAAAAGCACAUCAAAACGUGAGGAGUCUAGAAACGGUGCUAGAGAUAAGUCUACAAUAUCAGACUUUGAAGCAUUAAUCCACUGAAAAAAGCUGCUGUAUCUGACAAGUUGGAAGUGGAAACAAAGGAGCAAUGAACAACAGAACAUACAAACACACACAUGUCAAUGCACAGAGUUUAAAACCCACUGCCGAGUGCUAAAGCAGAGAUUCAUGUCCGUACACACAGGGUCCCUCUGCCAUGCAAUAACUGUAGCACUCACACACACAUGAUUAGUGUGAAUGACACACUACAUAUUCAAUAGAGUCCUCCAGGUUUAUUUCCAAUGUGUUUACAAUAUCUGGUGCCUAGUAAAGAGGAAAAAAAAGUGGUUUCCGUGCAUUAAAGUAAAUAUCCAGGUCUGUGUUCAUGUGUGUCUUUGACUCUUAACUGUAAAUGUACUGUUUGAACUUUCUGGAUUUGAUUUGUUUGCUCCUUUUUUUCUGUUCCAAGUUUUACGGGAGGGUCAUUUAAAUAAAGGCUAUUGAAUCCUG